CUCUGCUUUUAAAAGACUCACGUAGAGUAUAAAACUAUAGUUUCUUGCCCAUUGUGAGACGCUCGACACGAGACAGGCUACAUUACGCACAGGCGGGGGGAGGGAGAGUUGAUAUUGAAAAGAAAAGAGACUGACCAGUCACAAUUCCAAGUUUACUUCGUCUGGUUUCUUCGGAACACUGCUGAUAGAUUUGGGCAUGCGGGGAACUUUCGGAAAGUCCGUGUUUUUGGUUUUUGUGCGACAUCACGGGGUGUCAUUGUUACCUUUCUUUUCGUGACAUUUAAAAGGCAUCCACUUUAUUUUUUGCUAUUAUAACGGCCGCGGAAAUGGGAGCGUGUCAACGGGACGUUGUGUCCGCGCUUUGCCGAAAAAGUUUCCGUUGGAUUGUGCUGCUGCUGUGGCUGACCUCUGCAGCUCAUGCGACCUGGAGGACGGGGCUUUACAAAUAUUCAGCUGGGACCCAACUCAACAGAGAGUCGUCCGCAGCGUCUCAAACCUCUAUUUAUCAAAAAAGGAACUGGUGUCCCCAUACAGUCACUAAGACGGUGACUUGCCAGGUGCAGAAUGGGACAACCCUGCAGCGUGUCUACCAGACAUGUCGCUGGCCACAGGGAUGCACAGGGGGCAGCUACCGGACAGUGGUCAGACCCUCCUAUAAGAUGGUGUACCGUACCAUCAACUCUCUGGAGUGGAAGUGCUGUCCAGGCUACAGCGGCACGGCCUGUGAAGAAGAGUCAGGAAACCAGCUGGUGGCUCAGGAGGCGGUGAGGAAGCCGUCCACUCUCCGCCGACCUCCUGCCUCUGCCCGCACAGAAGCAGGAACAGGGGAGCAGCUCUCCACCAAUUGCCUCAACUGUAGUCGAUUCACAGCACUGACAGACAGACUCAGCUCACUGGAGGAAAAGGUCCAAGUGCUGUCCUCUCCUGCCUCCACUUCACACCGCCACCUACAGGGUGAAGAAGGAACGGCACCGGAGUCUUCCUCACAGACAGGGGCUCCACAAACCAAAGGAGCCCCUGGCGAGCAGGGACCCGUAGGUCCACAGGGCGAUAGAGGCAGAGACGGUACCCCUGGACAAGAUGGGAAGCUCGGGUCUCGGGGACUGCCGGGCCCCAGUGGCCCCAGGGGCGAGGCUGGGGUGAGAGGCCCUUCUGGGACCCCAGGACCAGUGGGACCCAAAGGUCCAUCAGGUCUCCCAGGAGAGAGGGGUCUACCUGGGCUUGCUGGACCUCCUGGACCCCCUGGACCCCUGGCCCCAGCCAGCGCCCGCAUCCCAGAGCCAGACCGGGGUCAGGGCAAGGAGCUGCUCCUCUCCAACACCUUCCCUGACCCACGAGGGAUGCCUGUCCAAGGCCCACAAGGCCCUGCUGGACCUGCUGGUCCUCCAGGCCCCAAAGGCCCCGUGGGACCCCCUGGCCCAGCAGGACAGAACGGGAAGUCAGGUGCCCCCGGGUUACACGGCCCGGUGGGGCCGAAAGGAGAACGUGGGGAGAGAGGUCCUCUGGGUUAUCCAGGAGAGAGAGGUUUCAGAGGAGAGCCGGGAGUAGCAGGAGCCAAGGGAGAGCCAGGACAGAAAGGCCUGCCGGGGGACGGGAUACAUCAGAUCAGAGAAGCGCUGAAGAUCUUAGCUGAGAGGGUUUUAAUCCUCGAGACUAUGAUCGGUAUUCAUGAGCCUGAUCUAGGGUCUGGAGAUGGUCAAUUCGGGACUGCAUCCCCAGGUGGUUUCUACAGGGAUAAGCGAGCAGGAGCCGAACCCUAUCGGCUCGUCUCCCCUCCUCUGUCCUCAGACACCAAGGUUCAGGGGAAGUAGCAUUGUUCCCUGCUGCAUCUCUGAGGAUCACAGGCUGGGUUUAACUACCCCCUCCCUUAGGUCUCUCUGGCACUCUACUGAUCCAGACCUUAUCUGAUACCCUCUGUGGGCUGUACCAUCAGACGAAAGGUGGGGGACACCUCAGGGAAGCUCCACUGGUGUUCCGGAGUCUGCCCGCCUCCAUUGGGAACCAGUACCAGCCACCUUUACCCCAACAUACACCUCCCCGUAGACCCAUGGCUCCCCCUGUGUCCCAUCCCUGUGGCUACAGCUAGGAAAUAUUUCAAGAAAAUAUCCUAUAGGCCUCUGGAAAACAUGCAAACAUUAAAAAGCUUGAUAUGUUAAAUGGUGCUCAAUCAUCUGAAAACAAUUCUGGACUAUAAGGGUCAUUGCAGGAUAGUAUAAAUGGCUGUAAAUUAAAGGAGGAAUUAAGUGUAAAAGAAAAGACUGGCUCCGAGAAUUUGUUUGGACUAUAACAAUGUUGGCAACCUGAGGUUUACUUAUUUAAAUAUAUUGAGCAUGUACAGACUGCAAGGCACACGUACACAAAAAAACCUCUUCCUCUUAUAUUCCUUUUGUUUUGUUUCUAUAAUAUUGUGUUACUCCUUACUAUGUAGUGCACUAUAAAGAUGAAGACAUGACACACCUUUCCUAUUGAGAUGUCAGUUAGUAGUACCAUGUUAUGGAAAGCAUUGCUUAUCAGUGCACAGUAUUUGUCUUGGUGUCUGAUAACCACCCCUUUAAAUCAAACAAAUCCAACAAGAGAUUGAAUUGUAAUUAUUUUAUUCACAUUUUAUUGUAGAUUUGUUGGUGCACAAAAAAAAUGCAGUUAUGUGCUACCUGUUUCUACAUUCUUAGACAGUAUUUGUUCUCAACAGCAGUGCUGGAAUACAAAACUCAUACCCAUAUAGCUAAGUAUCUCCUUUACCAAAACUGAUAUGUGAUCAAAUUCCUGCAUUUAUUUCAAACCCCAAACUGCAGCUC